AGGCGACCGAGGGAGAACGGGCACUAAAAUACGUACCGAAGUCGAUUGCUUCAAGAUGGCGGAUCGCUGGGGUAGAUUCUCUUAUCCCCACGGGCCCAGUCCUACCGAAGAAAGUCUUAAAAUGCAGGCAAAAUAUGCUGCCCAAUACAAAGCGACGGGAAGGAUAUAUGCACCCGAAGACUGCGCUGCCCUUUUGAAAGAUCCAGCUAUUGAAAAGUUUGGUUGGAUCAGAGAAAACACCGACCGGUUCUUUAAGUUCAAGCCUCGAAGUGUGCGUAAUGCAGUUAUUUGGGCCCUGCUUAUACCUGGUGCUAUGCUUUAUUUUAUCAAGAAGACUCCGUAUCUUAAGCCUGAGCACUCUGUAACAACUCUCAAUGAAUGAGGGCAUGCUUCUUCAAUUGGGAUCUCUUUAUCAACACACCUUCUUUUCUUAAUGUUGUCAGAUCAAAUAUUGUUAAUGUGAUCAUCUGGUGUAAAUAAAGUUUACAAACAAACUGAA